AUGUGUGUCUUUGUUUUCCUCACCGGAUUUAUGUCAGUGCGGUUGCUCGUUGAAAAGUGACAAAUCUAGUGUCGUUAUCGAAUUCCAAAUAUUAUUUUUUAAGGACGUGCGACUGCCGGUGGGAACUUGUUGGUUGUAAGAUCGCGUGCUGAAGAUUUGAUGGCGGCGGCUGUUGUCAGCAGCAUUAGCCUCAUGAACAAAAUGUUUAGGACCUCUUUCCAUGCUGCUCGUGCGGCGGCGGCACUGAAAACGUCGAGGCUGCCGCACCAAAGAGCCUUUAGAGUCAAUGCAGCACACAGACAGCAGCCAUUUGACUCCACGCUGGAGAAACCACAGUUUCCUGGCGCUUCUGCAGAGUUUGUGGACCAGCUAGAGUUCAUCGAACCUAACGUCAUCUCUGGUAUCCCGGUGUACCGGGUCAUGGACCGCCAGGGCAACAUCAUCAAUCCGUCCCAAGACCCUCAGCUCUCCAAAGAAACGGUUCUGAACUUUUACCAGAAGAUGACGCUGCUGAAUACGAUGGAUCGUAUUCUCUAUGAAUCCCAGAGACAGGGGAGGAUUUCUUUCUACAUGACCAACUACGGCGAAGAGGGCACGCACAUCGGAAGCGCUGCAGCUCUUGAUGCAAAGGACUUGGUCUUUGGACAAUACAGAGAAGCUGGUGUGUUGAUGUAUCGCGGAUUCCUUCUGGAACACUUCAUGGCUCAAUGCUACGCUAACGCCGACGACUUGGGCAAAGGCCGUCAGAUGCCCGUCCACUACGGCUCACGAGACCUCAACUUUGUCACCAUUUCUUCGCCGCUAGCCACACAGAUUCCGCAAGCCGUGGGAGCCGCGUACGCUAUUAAACGGGAGAAUAUCGACAGAGCGGUGAUCUGCUACUUCGGCGAAGGGGCGGCUAGCGAAGGCGACGCCCACGCCGGCUUCAACUUCUCGGCCACCCUGGAGUGUCCGAUAAUUUUUUUCUGCCGCAACAAUGGAUACGCCAUCUCCACCCCCACCAAUGAGCAAUACAGAGGCGACGGCAUCGCUGCUCGCGGUCCAGGCUACGGCAUGCUGUCCAUCCGCGUGGACGGGAAUGACGUCUUCGCCGUGUACAACGCCACAAAGGAAGCACGGCGCCGGGCUGUCGCAGAAAAUCAGCCGUUUCUUAUUGAAGCCAUGACAUACAGAAUCGGCCACCACAGCACCAGCGACGACAGCUCUGCGUACCGUUCAGUGGACGAGGUCAACUACUGGGACAAGCAGGACCACCCCAUUUCGCGUCUACGACACUACAUGGCGUCGCGGGGUUGGUGGAGCGAGGAUGACGAGCGCGCCUGGCGCAAGCAGUCGCGCAAGACCGUCAUGGAGGUGUUCGAGCGGGCCGAGAAGCGCCUCAAACCCAACCCGGAGCUGCUCUUCACAGACGUCUACGAGGAGAUGACGCCGGCGCUCGGAAAGCAGCGCGAGGCGCUGCGCAGACACGUGCAGCAGUACAAGGAGCACUACCCUGUUGACCUUUAUGACAAAGACUCUCACUAAAUCAUUAAGACUGACCGGAGGUUCUCAAACAACAAAUGAUCAUGUGUCAGGGCCACUUGACUAAAUCUGUCAAAUAUUCAUAAAAAUGACCAAUUCGCUUGUUAAAAGUUAUUAAAAUGUUCAAAUAUGACUGUCUACAAUAUGGGGAACUUAAACCAACGACUUCUCCCUAUCAUCGCGUUGAGCUAGUUAAAUGCUCUGGAGUAAGGCUGUAUCGUUACAUAAGUGACACUAUUUCGUUAUUGUUUGACCAAUAUUUUGAAGUGCAAUUUUGUUCCCAAAAAAAUGUUAAUUAAAGGACAAGAUAAGGUUACCUUUGAUCAAGCUAGUUCGUGACUUUUAAAAACAGGCAACUUUUUCCUCAGAUUUUUUUUUUUUUGGGGGGG